CUCGCCGCCACUGCCGCCGCCUCCAAUGCCUGAUUCGCAGCAGCUGCCCCCUUCGUACGGCUACGGAUGCAGCUCGAUGGGAUUUGUGCCUGCGAAGACGCGGGACUGCCCGGAUGGGUGCCAAAGAAUUACAAGGAUGAAAGACGGUGAUGAAAAAGUGGCACACGACGAGAAAUAGGAGUGCUCACGGCCAGCAAGACAACAAACCGCCAGUUCAAGAUAAUCCGCAACAUGGGCACCCUGAGCAAGGGUUCGCGCGAGAACAGGACGCCCCCGGCGGUGGCGCCGCCCCAGGUGCCCAGCCACUACGCCCCAAACUUCCCCAUGGGCCACCCGAGACGCAGCAUCGAGCAAAACAGGGGCGUUGUCGGCCUCGGCCCUGGCUACAGCACCCGGCCCAUGCAGCCCACCAGCCAGCUGCUCACCCACACGGCCUGCCGCACCCCCACCACACCUCGCACCACCAGCAAAAUCCAAAUCCGGCCCUCAUGUAUGUCGGCCCCAGGACCCCCUCAGAUCGGUAUGGUGCAUCCAAUCAACUACGGGAACCAGUCUCACAACCAAAACCACCCGCAAACGCCGCCUCCCGCCUCCACCUCCGCUCCCAACAUCAGGAGGUCCGCUGCCCAGCACAUUAUUCCCGCUCGACACUCUCACAUGAGCAUGCCUCCUCCGACAUCUCCUUUGGUGCACCAGGGAGGUGGUGCGGAUGACCUGACUCACCAUCUGCAUAUGGUGAGGGGUGGCCAGGGCUCGCCGCCACUGCCGCCGCCUCCAAUGCCUGAUUCGCAGCAGCUGCCCCCUUCGUACGGCUACGGAUGCAGCUCGAUGGGAUUUGUGCCUGCGAAGACGCGGGACUGCCCGGAUGGGUGCCAAAGAAUUACAAGGAUGAAAGACGGAGAUGAUUCACAAAGAAAAAUGGCACACGAUGAGAAAUAGGAGUGCUCACGGCCAGCAAGACAACAAACCGCCAGUUCAAGAUAAUCGCCCCGGCCAAUCCUGAGAAGCCGAUCAAGUAUGUCUGUCGGCCCAUCGACUACAACGUCCUGGACAACCUGGGCCACGGGGUUCACUCGCCCGCAAUGUCGCACAGUCAACAGGCGACGGCGAUCGCUCAGGGUGGCACCCCUCGCUCGAAAUGCGGCUCCAGCCAGGGCGCCAUCGUCACCUCGGCCAUCCAGGGCCAGACCGUCGGCCCACCGCCCACCACCUAGCCGCUGACGCCUCCUCAGGCCAUCCGCAACAUGGGCACCCUGAGCAAGGGUUCGCGCGAGUACAGGACGCCCCCGGCGGUGGCGCCGCCCCAGGUGCCCAGCCACUACGCCCCAAACUUCCCCAUGGGCCACCCGAGACGGAGCAUCGAGCAAAACAGGGGCGUUGUCGGCCUCGGCCCUGGCUACAGCACCCUGCCCAUGCAGCCCACCAGCCAGCUGCUCACCCACACCCUGCCGCUCCCCCACCACACCUCGCACCACCAGCAAAAUCCAAAUCCCUCAUGUUCCCAGCAAGGACAUUUCCAGGGCAGCCAGCAGGCCUACCCAGAGAACACCGCUCCCAUUUGUUGAUUUUUAAGUGACUUUAAACGAACAAUUUCGAGUCAUUGAAUUUCCAACCAUUCUGCCAGAAUUGUUUAAAAUAAAAUAACGCCCGUGUGUAAGCUGA